AUGAGAUUAGGAGAGCCUCUAGCAUCAGAUAUUAUUCUGUCAGCAACUGAUAAACGUGGCAACAAAACAGGCAAGGUGAGGAAUUUCCUUUCAGAACCUCUUCUCUUUGGCAAAACCAAUCUUCAAGAAUUGUUUCAGUAAUUCGUUUUAGUUUUUAAUCAACAAAAUUAUUUGAUUGUUUUCUCGUUUUUUGUGUUGUUUUGUAGUUUCAUGUACAGUUUUUCUGGUUCAGAUUCGUCAGUUUUUUAGUGAUUCACUCCUAUUUUCUUCCGUGUAUUCUCUAGUUUCCAGACCACUUAUUGCCAGAGUUUUACGUUUCCUAAGGUGGACUGAACAAAAAUUUCUUUUAUUCUAAUUUGUCAAAAAAAAGAAAAAACUGUAACAUGUUUGCCAGGCUUGUUGGCCAUCACCCUCGUAUCAUGUUUUGCUUGAUUGUCUUCUCAUUUUCUAUUUUGUUAUGCUUCCUCCUACAGUAUUCAUGUACAAUCUUUUCUUUUUCAUUAGUCGGUUUCAAACCAUUUUUUGCCUUUUCUUUUUUCUCUGGAUUCAUUUAGCUUCCCAACCACGUCUUGCCAGAGUUUCAUGUUUCAUCAGACGGGCUAAAAGAACGAGAAGUCCAAUUGGGAUUCACGGCUGUAAGUACCGGCCGAUUUGUUCUGAUAACCGACUCUUUUUGUUAUUCAUUCUUGCAAGGAGUAUUCUUACAGACUGCGUGCUCAAGCUGUUGAACGUACUGGAAGUCACCCAAAAUGGUGGAAAUGGUAAUUUCGAGUUAAAGGGGCUUUGUCACGAAAUUUUUCAAAAUUUAAACGUUGAGAACUGCCACCAGAUAUAGUGAAACAUAAAGGUAACCGCUCAAAACGUUGAAAGAGGGACUAAAUAUCAGAUCAAGUACGAAAAGAGGCAUGAGUGGACAAACUUGAAUGAGAUAGAAAGGGAUUGUAAUUGGAGUUUCUGAAAACUUGUUAGGCUAACAGUUUUGCAAAGUAACGUCUGAUAUGAUGGUGGGGAAACAGUUUUGUUUUACUUUAGUAGUUUCCACUUAAAGGGACAGGUUCACGGUUAAGCGCAUGCUCAUUAAUUAAAUUACUUUUGUUCAAUUUAUUAUUAAUUCAAUCGGUUAAUAAUCCCACUCACGUGUAUCUCAGCGAUCUCAAAGUGCAUUUCAAAGUAAAAGUGUAUUUCAGAGUAACCUGAAGUAGGAUGGAGGAGUACUAAAAUCGCAGAAAAAAUUAGUGGAUUAUGCCAACACUACCAACGUUUAAUUUAUUGUUGACCCGAAGGUUUUAUUCCAUGGUUGGUGAAUUUACAGCUAUUUGCAAAUAAGUUGGUCAAGUAACUGCCAGGGGAGUGUGCAGAUUGGUUCUUUGACAACACUAUGACAUGAUCAUAUUGCGUGCAUAGAUGAUACAGCAUGUCCCGGCCGAAAAACAGCAUUUUGAUAAAUGAGCAUGCGCUGAACCGUGAACCUGUCCCUUUAAUGCCAUCCUGCCCCAAUACUUCAAAAAGAAGGAUAGCUUGAAACCAAUUGCUUUAUCCAGUAGAAAGAGAUUUUUCCUUUGGGAUAGGGUUAUCCACCCUUUAAUCAACUGGAGCCAGGCUUGUAAUAAGAAAAUCACAAUAACCUAUCUCUACAAUUAGCAAUUACUGAAUGAGGCUGAGUAGGAGGUGAAGAAUCGAGGAGGAUGUUAUCUACCGAGGUUGAACUGCCUUGCAUGUUCCAAAUUUGGUCAACACCAGUUGGUUAUGAAGAAUUAGCCGGGGGCUUUGCGCCAAUCAGGAGUGUUGAAAUAUUUUGAGUGAAUGAUAACUGCAUUUAAACACCUUCUGCAGGGUUUAUUCUAGAGCGCAGCCUUGCGGGAUUUCCGCAAUUUGGAAAAAAAUGCCGCAUAAAAUUUACGUUGCCGCGUCAAACGGGGCGCAAAAAAAAAUAGAGCCAAGAAUAAGUACUAGUUUUUUGAAAUAAAGUAUUCAAAAACAUUACUGACAACAACACUGAUUUGACGGCCGCUCUUUAAACUUAUUUCGAACUUUUAUAGCCUCCUACUUUCUCAUUUGCCUUUCUCCUCUUCGUUUGAGUCAUUAUUUCACCAGACAAACAUCCGAGAUCCUGCAGUAAUUCGAGCCCAGGCUUUUUCAGUUGCCCAGAAUGUUCCAAAAUGGCGGCAACGCGUCAAUAAAGGUUCGUUUUCCCAUGGAACAGUCUGCACCAAUAAGUUCAAAUACCUUUUGGGGACCCCCCCUUUCUUGAAAAAAGGCCCCCUAAAAUUACAGAAGGGGGCCCAUUUGACCCUCAUUGGCCAAUUUUUAGAAUCAACCCUGCUUCUGGUAGCAUGACUCUGCCAAGGAAUUGCGUUUGACGUUUUAGUUGCUGUAUUUGUAUCCUUUGCUUACAACCCUGCUCUGUUGUGUUUUGUAGGAUGGUAAUAUCGUAAUCAAGAACAUUCAAUUUGAGGAAGGCCCCCUUGGACACAGAGAAGUCAGCAUUAAAUGGAAAGAUCUUAUAUGUUAUCAAAGACUAGGGGUGAGUAUUUUAGUAUUUUUACCAUAGGUUGCGUGUUUCAAUAUUUCUUGUAAUUUUGAGGUUAAACUUCAUGUGUGCAGAAUCUAAUGCAAAUGAGCGAGAACAAUAAAAUUUUCCUACUAGUGAAAACCAAGGUUACGGAAUGUGGGCGACAACGAUCGGAGGUCAAAACGCUUUUCCUCCAACGCUGUGCUUUGCGCAAGUUUCACCUGACAGAUGGUAAAAACAUGCGUGAUCAGAUUAUGAGUGAUAGAAGGGCCCAACGUGCGUAAUGAGCAUUCCAUUCAUUGUAGGUGGAAGUCCAAACGAAUGCAGGCUACAUACAUGCGACGCAUGCGUAAUAACAACCUGUAUAUUAGGAUUGCGUGCCCCUCGUAUCGCCCGCAAUUAGCGUUGAUUUCGGCACAUGUCAGUGAAGCUGGACGUUCAGGACGGGCCUGAGAGAAAUCAUCACUUGCCCUAAUUAUACAUAGGCAUGGAUAACAUGUCGAAGAGGUUAAUAAACUUGUAAAAUGAUGUAAUGAACAAGAAAGUUAAAUUCUCCCAACUAAUUUUAUAUGGAAUUGUAUAGUUCAGUCUGGAGUAUUUAUAUGUGGAUGUACUUGACUACUUAUCUCCCUCCAAUGUGGCGCGGGUUCAUCUGAGGCGGACCGUCAUGUUGUGUUUGUUGAUGCUUCUCUCCCCCUUGGCUGAUUCUUUACCGUGUUGCUCCUUCUCUCUCUUGCUUCAAGAGAGCAAUGUAGUUUUCCUCUCGCCUCAAAAAACAACAAUUGUAAAUGGCAAUUCGCCAGAUGUGUACAAACAUUCGAAACCCAGAUAUUUUUAAAUUUACGUGUACAUUGUACAAACGUUUUAGAUUUAGAGGAAGUGCAUCCAUGUAGUGGUUAUUCGUCUACUAAUCUUGAUCGUAUUAGACUACAAAACAGUCGGUUUUGCAGUUUCCGGUCUCAAAAUUUGUUAAGCGUAACUAAAGAGUCUCGCGCAACGGUCUCUUCCCAGUCUCGAUAUCCGUUUUCAGCCUCGCUCCAGACCUUUUGUUUGACUGCUUGCGCGUACUUGGAUACGCAAAAAUACGGACUGUUUUGCAGUCUAUGAUCGUAUGGAAAUUUGGAAAUGUUGGUUUUCGCAGAGAGGGGAGAUCGGAGUACGCGGGGAAAAACCUUUUUGAACAAGGAAAGAACCAAUAUCAAACUCAAGCCACUUAUGGUCUCGCUUCUGGGACCCAGCAACAUAAGUGUAACGCGGGUGGUCUCUUUCUUGCCUUCCACUUGCAGCGAACUUGGAAAAAAAAAGACCCAGACUUUUGCAAGCGCUAACAAAGCAAACCUAUUUGUGAGAGCAAAUUGUCAUGAGUCAAUUUGAGUUUUUGACCAGACCUACAUUGUUGGUAUAUUAAUGUUUGGUUUUUAGGUUAUUGCAGGCCCACCAGCGAAGCUCAAGAUUCUAAAGUUUGAUCAUUCUGAGGUAGGUAUGAAAAACGCGUGUCUUGGACCCAGUGUUUCAGUGUUCCAUCUUCAAAUUUUGAACACUGAGUUCAAUCUAUCAAUGAGCGAGUCCCAAACCCACUGAAAGAGCGUCCUAUUGACGCUUGGAGCUUGGAGCCCCACGUGACAUUGGAUUAAGAGGCAUAAGCACAUUUCAACCAUGACUUCUUUGACUCUUCAACAACACUUUCAUGCACAACAAUGUUGAGUAUAAAGUCUUUUUCUCUCCUCAGUGAGUUAGGGCAUUUUCCAUUUGCCAGAACUGGCCGACCAGCACAUUCCCGUUGUAAUGAUAAUUUUACUUUUAAUCAAAGCUAUCCAGCCAGAUCAGUCAAAUUCUAAAUAGUAUGCACGAAGGAAAUCGUUUUUCCUCAAAGGCUCUUGGAAAAAGCCUAUUUCAUUUUCAAAAUGACAGGUCCAGCCAUGGUCUGGCCGGCCAGUUCUGACUUUUGGAAAGCACACUAAGUUAGAGUGCUUGUUGAGAUUGCCUCGACCUCUGACUUGCGGUAGUGCGAAACAACAUCGCUUGGGAAGCUUCCUAUGCGUUAUCAAGCCUGCUCUUGUACAAAGUCGAGUUCAUAAUGUGAUUUGUUUUACUUGUUUUACAGCCACUUUCAGUGUUUAACGAUACCAAGAUGCCAUUUCCCCUUACUGUUCAACUGUGCGACAAGCUUGAAAACCCCUCCGAUGAGCCUAAUGUUAAGGUGGUCCUUAAUACGGACAGAGGAAUUAAGGUGGGAAUCUCAGUUUUUGUUACUCAAUUAAAAUUUGACCAAGCCUUUAAUUGUUUGGCCUCCUUUUAAUAAAUGCAGUUUCAGUCGAACCUCCACUAAUAGGGAGCUUAAGCAACUACGACGAAAACAUCAAAAAACAACAAGUUUAAUGAUCAAAAUAACAGCUCUUCACGUGCAUCAUGCUUUUUAGUACAUUUAUUUGGCGUCCACUGCACGACUACGACGUGAAACCUCCUAAUUUGACGUUUAUGGGGGACGUGGACAUAGGACGACGAAUUUUUCUUCCUCUUUUUGAACCUGAAUAAGCUCCUUAAGAAUUCAACUCCGGGAAAAGUCGCCUGCAUUUGACAUAUUGAGCGGGUACAAAUAGACCCGAUUAAGUUUGAAAGAACGCAAAUUCAUUUCUUUGGCGACGUUUUCACUGCCGUUGUCGUCGUCCUUGCUUAAGGUCCCUAAGGAGCACCUCUCCACAACGACCACUUUUUUUUUCCCAGGAGACAGUCCAUAGAUUGACUCUUGUCCAAACCUCUCAUCAACGGCAACGGCCACUAAAGCGUGUUUCCAAGUUCCAAAAUAAGGGAGUUUAAGCAACGACGACGACGACGGCAAUGAGAACGGCAAAAAGGCAAUAGGUUAGAUUAGCAAAACAACAACUUUGCACGUGCAUCACGCUUUUUUGUACUUUUCUUAACCGUCGUUGCACGACUACAACGUGAAAGUGCCUAAUUUCACGUUUUGUUGAGGACGGGAACACAAGACAACAACUUUCCUUUUCUUUUCCAAAAAAUAUUGCCCACAUUUGACGAAUUAAAGUGACGUUUUCAUAGCCGUCGCCGUCGUUGUUGCUUAAGCUCACUAUUAGGGACGUUACGAUCCGACAACGGCGACGCCAAUGAAAACGUCGCUGAGAAAUAGACUUCGCGUCCUUUAAAACUUUUUCGCCCUUAUACCAAGUCACUCAGUCACUUGAAAGUAGGGAAGUUAAGUUAGAACUGAAGAGAGGGGACCACGUCCGAAUUCAGAGAGAGAAAGCAAAAUUUAUCGCCUUGCCGUUCCCGUUCUCAAGUCAACUCAAAAUUUGGUCAUUUCACGUCGUAGUUGGGCAGGGACGGCAAAGAAAUAUACAAAAAGCGUGGUGCACGUGCAGAGUUGUUGUUUUGCUCAUAAAAACUAUUCUGUUUUAGACGUUCCCGUUGCCGUCGCCGUUGUAGUUUCGUAAGGUCUCUAUUUCCUCUCGACAACGGCCAGUUUUUUUCAGCAACCGAUGAAAGAGUCAAGAAUGGUGAUAAAGUAUGAUCCGUAUGGCGCAUUGGUGAUUAAUCGUGGCAAUCGUAUUUUGAUUGUGAUCCAUUUAUACUGCUGCAGUAAGCAUAAACUGUCUACGAUACUUCUAGCGAAUGUUGCGAGCCUUGCUUGUUUUGGGACGUUAACAUUUUAAUUCAAAGCAAUAUUGAAGUUUUUUGUGUAUUUUAACUCUAUGUAUUAAAUAUGAUUGGAUUACCUUUAUGGAAUACAAUAAAAUAAGAAUGAACUUAGUAGCGCAAUAAACAUGUUGUACUCCCUAUCUCCUAAUAACGGCCACCUCUCCAGAACGGCCACUUUCUUCUGUCCCUAAGGUGGCCGCUGUCGAGAGGUUCGACUGUAUUAUGUAAUCUGCGACCUUUUCUUGCACUUCAAAAGAUCUGGUCGAUGUUGCGACUGAACCGUUUUUACUGCCUUAUUUUUUGAGCUUUCUAUCGCUAGUGCGUCGAGCACCUGAUUAUGCAAAUUUAUAUAAAUCUAUGCAAACUGAUGCUUCUAAUUGUGGUAUUUUUAUUUAUUUUUUUUUUUUUCAGUUGACUCCAGCACCCGCUCAGCAGAAGACGGACAGCAAGGGUCAAGCAACGUUUGGUCAACCUACUGUGAGCGCAACCAAGUAGGUGGAAUAUGAACAUAAGUCUUCUUGUGCCCGUGUUCCUGCCUCUUACUUGAUAGCUCUUACCUCAGCCCUUAAUGAACGUUAGAGUCAAAGAGAAGCUUUCUUUACUUUGUACACCAUUUCUUAGUUCUGCUACUCGGCAGUUUUAAUUCCUUCUUAACGGCGCCUCUAUUAGUGGGACCCCUAGAGUUGGUCCCUGCCUUUCCUUAGUCAUUUUAUUUGACUUCCUAUAAGAUAGAGACCUUCCUAAAACAGACACCUAGAGUUGGUCCCUGCCAUUCUUUAUUCAUUUUUUUGGACCCUCUUUAAAACGCACACCUCCCUAAAACGGACACCAAGCGUCGGUUUCUGCCAUUCUUUAGUCGUUUUCUUUGACUCUCUAUAAGAUGGACACCUCCCUAAAACACUUAGAGUUUGUCCCUGUCGUUCUUCAUUCAUUUUCUUUGAUUCUGUAGAAGACGGACACCUAGAGUUGGUCCCUGCAAUUCUUUAGUCGUUUUCUUUGAUUCUGUUUAAGACGGACACCUCCUUAAAAUGGACACCUAGAGUCGUUUGCUACCAUUCUUCGUUCAUUUCCGUUGACUCUAUAAGACGAACACCUCCCUAAAAAGGACACUAAAUGCCGGCAUACACUUUGUGCCGAUCAAAAAGAUAUCCGUCGACUUUAAGAGCCCCAACCUUGGCAUUUCCUAGGAAACAACCUCUUCCUCGGUCAUAAUUUAAGUCUGUAAAAUAACUCGCGGAAACGUGUCUUUGAAAAUCAGGGGAAUGUAUGGAAUAAGAAUCAAAGCCCUGCUUGGAAGAACUGCAUUGGAUGCGCCUACGAUAAGCGUGAGGUAAGUUCUGUGAAGCAGGUUAACACACAUUUCACAAUCACUCACGGAUUUGGUCGAGAGCUCUGAUUUGUGAGAGUUUAGACCUCCGAAAUGGCGUCAAAAUGUUUAAAACUUUAGUGGAACUGCGAGUUGCACUCCAGUUGUUUCAUUGCAGCGUAUCAAAGAUGUUCACGUUAUCUCUGUGGUCUGUAAGAGUAAAGUCAAUGGAAAAUUGUUGUUUAUUUGCCAAAAUAUUCAAUAUUUUGUAUCAAUAGAGAUGUUGAACGUGGCAUUUAAAGCAAAAGGAAACGGUAGAGAUCAAAUCGGCUAUUGAAUUCGCUUUUGCCAUUUUCGGUGAAUAUGUUGCAUACGUUAGCGCUAGCGUUGGAAGAAGUCGGACGCGUCAAAGCUACUUGCGAUCGCUUUCCUCAAGUUGGUGCUUUUAAUACUGUAAUUUCCUGUGGUACCUGCCCGCUUUUUCUAGCUGUAGCUAUUUGCGGGUAGUUACAUCUGCACUGUCAUAUUCUAAUGAUAAAGUUGUCGUUGUUGUUGUAUGUUUUGCAUUUCAGAGUGGAGCCUGACCCAUCAAAGGCUGUAAAUCUUAACGUCACGUUUGAUUCUAAUGCGCCGUGUGUCGUUGGAGAGUUGUUACCAAGUAAGUGAGACUAUUAGAUUGACAGUAGUCUGGUAGGAUUGUUGCGCAGGCAAGUGUAUCCCAAGCAAGCAAACGGGUUUCCAGUUUUGCCGUCAAAACUUGCGCUUUCCAUAGGCUGGAUUUCCGCCGCUAUCUCGGGUCCGGUCGAGGUCGCAAGCUCAUUAGGGAGCUUAAGCAACGACGACGGCGACGUCGACGAGAACGGCAUAAAACAAUAAGGUUUAGAUCGGCAAAACAACAACCUUGUGCGUGCAUCACCUUUUUUUUUUUACGUCGUUGCACGAGUACGACAAACUUCCCCUUUUUUUUUUUUUUCGUGAACUCAGAAUUCAACUCCUGAAAAAUUAGCCAUCAUUUGACAAAUUAAAUAGUUGGGAUAAGAGCAAUGAAGUUUGAAACAGCGCGAAUUCACUUUUUGGGUGACGUUUUCUCCAUCGUUGCCGUCGUCGUUGCUUAAGCUCCCUAGUUACCGAACAGCGACUGAUAAUCGAGUCUAGACUACGAGUAGUCCCCAUUUUUCCUCAGGGAUAGUAGAGCGAGCGAAACGCGAGCGCGCGUGAAAAUCACCUCACGCGAGAAAGGCGAGACGGGGCUACUGACGGGUUAAGACUGCAUUGCAGGUCAAAUACUUUGUCUAGUGAUUCUGCAUUUUAACCAUUUAAUCCCCAAGAGUGACCAAGAUCCAUUUUGUCCUAACAAUAUCAACACAUAAUCAAGAGAAACGGUUAUGAGAAUUUAUAUAAUGAUCAACUAAGGGAAAAUGCUUUGAUUUUUUCUCCACUUUCAGCAGCAUCUGACUGAUAUUAGCUAUAGGGAAUUCUCAGCCAAAACGGAAAGUGAUUUGCAAGGACUUGUUCGAUUAGCACCCUCUGGGAUUUCAGACCUACAGGGUGGCAAUUCUCCCAACUAAGUCUUAAGGGAAAUGUAUAGAGAUCAGUCUGGAGAAUUUGUGGGUGGAUAUCGAGGUUUAAUACAAUUGGCUAUGUCUUUCUAAGCAUUGCGCUCAGCAUUGUGUGACCAAAUUCCAGGUGUUUGGAGAUCUAUAGGAUUUUACUUUAACCUGAAUCUGAGUUCUACCAUACAAAUUCAACUUUAAAGCAGUUUGGCCACGUAAGGACAUUGAUAUAUUGAACACUUUUACCUGAAAAUUUGAUUGACUCAUUCCUUGGGUGGGUGUUAGCAUAACAGGUUCAGGUUGGGGAUGUUUUGUCCCCAAACAAACCUACUGUCCUGCGUUUCAGCUGUUUCGGCCCAUGUCGUUGGAGAGGACGAGGCUGUAAUGAAAGCAGCAAGUGCUAAGGACAUAGUGUUGAAGAUAUGGCACUCUAAGGACGGUCCAGUAUCAGACAAGCCGCCAGCCAGGGUAUGUUAUAAUAGCCUGUUUUCUUUCACAUCACAUAGUAACUGGGUUUCACAAUACAUACACUGUAAGUGUCAAUAUUCUUAGGCACUAACUAGCCGAGAGCCGUUUUCCAGGGCUGUCACCAAGAUUUCAAGUUGACGUUAUAUGCAAUCAGUAGGCGGGAAAUUGAACUUCAAGGAAAUCGUUAUGUCCUAGUUUCCUUUUGUUUCUUAUGAAAGUAGAUGGGCAGUGCCUGAUCCAGACCUUGAGAUGAGGGGGGGGGGGGGGGGCGGUCAUCCAGACCCUUAGAUAAGAGGGGGGGGGUGGUCUCCCAAAAAAAUUUCUUCGGCCCUUCUGGCUUCAGUUUGGUCCAAAAAAUAAUGGAGGGGGGGUCGGGCCCCCGGGUCCCUCCCAUGGAUCCACCCCUGCUGGGAAUCAUGUUCCUACUAUCCGGAGGAAAUCCCCAGCCCUUUCCUCUUAGUGACAGCAUAUUCACAGCAGAAGGGCUUGGUUACUAUUCAGAAGUGGUAAAAUGACUGGCCUAUUGUUGAUAACUUAAACUGUUAUCGUACUGAAGUCACAACGGUGUAGCAUAAUGCCGCUGUUAACUGAAACUAGCAAGGCUUAACAUUUUACUUUUAUUGUAAUUUUGUUAAGGCCACAACGUUGUACCCAUCAAAGCGGAAGUUAACGGAUAAAGAUGGAGAAUUCUAUUUCAGGUAAUAAUAAUAAGAAGAAUACGAAUAAAUAUGAUAAUAUAAUAUGUAUAUUGCGCAUAUACAAUGGAAUGCGCAUUACAAACGGUGAAAUAAAAAUAAGUCGAUUAAAAGCUAUCUUAAAAAAGUACGUUUUGAGGGCUGUCUUAAAAGAUGUAAGGCUCUGAAUGUUUCUUAUCUACGCCGAAAGACUGUUUCACAGUUUGGGAGCUGCCGACUGAAAGGCUCGGUCGCCAAGUCAGUUGGUAGACACAGUGCGUUGACCGGUACCAACAAAGUCGCAUUCUUGGACCUAAGGGUGCUUUCCAUUUGUCAGAACUGACCGGCCAGACCAUUCCCGUCGUAAUGACAAUUUCACUUUUAAUAAAAAAUAUCCAGCUAGAUAUAGUUUGCACGAAGGAGAUGGUUUUUCAGCAAAAACUCUUGGAAAAAGCUUAUUGCUUUGUCAAAAUGACUGGUCUGGCCAUGGUCCAGCCGGUCGGUUCUGACUUUUGGAAUGCGCCCUAAGAUUAUUUAUAUCUUGACUGGGCAGCGACCGCAAUAAUAUCACUGAAGUAUGGUUGAUUGAGUAGUUUUCAACGCAAGCAAUGCAAAUUUUUUCGUGAAUUCUCUUGUAACCAUAUAUUGUAAACUGCACUCACUAGGGACCUCAAAGUACCAGAUAUGUCAGGUGGCUAUUGUAUGGUAGUACAGUUUGGAUCUGCAGGAGCAGCCACACUCUCUAGUAAACCGGUGAGAGCAUUGUUUGUUUUACGUGGAGUCUUCAUUACUAGUUACUUCUUGCACAAACCCUUAUUCUAUUAGUAAUAACAUUACUUUGAAGAGAACUUGAAUUUUUAUUUGUAAAUUUCUAUUUGUUGUCUGCAACGUUAGGAAGAGCUACCUUCAGCGAAACACACCGAAUACCACCUUGUGGUCUUUUUUUGUCUGCAACGUAAGGAAGAGCUAACUUGAGCACAACACACCAAAUACCAAUCUGGCAUCAGCUUACGACAGUCGUUUCCGAUUAGUACAGUAGCUCUUCCAGACCUCUAUUUUGAUUGGCCCUAAUAAUCAGUAGCUUCUUUUGUUUUAGAGCUAGGGGUAUUGUUUGUUGUUGAAUCAUCUGUUGUUUCGUUCUGCAAUCACAGACCAUGUCUGAAAAGCUACUGACCUUCUUCCUUCCAUUGCACCUUAAACCUGUUCACUUACGAAGAAGCACUUCCGUUUAGCGGCAUAUUUUACAGAAGAUUCAUUUCAUUUUUGUACAGGUUAAUCAGUUUUAUUACCUGUAAAAGAAUAUGUGGAGGAGAGUUGUGUUUAGAAAUGCAUACUACCCAGCGUUCGAAGAGUUCGUUGGCCUCGUCAGCUAAAUACCUUCCCAAUUCUUAAUGAUAGUGAGAGCCAACUAUGUUCGUUAACAUAGAGUUUCACUUACUAUCUCUUGCAGAUCACAUUCACAGCAAAGGCUGGUCUCCCUGUGAAGCUUGAACCGGAGACGAUGCCUGCGACUUCUACUGUUUCCAACACUCAAAGGACCAACAGCCGAACCCUGGUGAAGACACUCAAGUUACAACUUAAGGUACUAAUAUUUACUGUUUUUGGUUGUGUUCUCUCCUCAUUGUAAUGCAAAAAUGGUCCUACAUCUUCUGUUACCAGUUACCAGUUCUUUGCGACGUCGUGCGUAUAAUUGUAGGCCAGCGUUGGUGAGCAUUAACUCUGUAGAGAAAUUGGUUUGUGUAAACUUUGGGAAAAGAGUUGCAGAGUUGGUUGCCUGCAAAGAUUUCGUCCGUAAUUAACUAGUCAUGAUUUUAGCAGCACUGCUACUUUGAAGAUGAGUAGCAAAUCGCUGAAAAUGAGCAAAAGAAAAGAAAAAAAUGAACAACAAAAAGAUGAGUCCAUUGACGGCGUCAGUGAAGCGUAUCACGAAGGCGAUGACGAUUAUGUCACCAAGAAGGACGUUUACGAAGUGAUGAAAGUGCAAGAGUCGAUGUCUCGUAAUUUGUUUGAAUCCAUGUUGACCAGUGUUAACAAUAGAAGUGAUGGUGUGAUCAAAGACCUGACAGAAUUGAAAUCAAGUAUUCGUAUCACCAUAAUCUUCUGUCUAGUAGCUUUCGCAACCUCUUUUUAAGUAAUAGUCAGGUUCACCAUUAUGAAACUCAACUAGCCUUUCAGCAUAGACCUCAUUUCUGUAGAACUAAUAUCAAGCAGUUCGGUAUCCUUUAUCGAGGACCAACAAUCUGGAAUUCGUUGCCAAUUUCACUAACCAGCUCCUCUUCCAUAUUUCCAUAUAAGUUUUUUGUUGGUUAGUUAGUUAGUUUGCUUGUUUAUGUUUUGGAUUUAACAUAACGAACGUAGGGCAUUUUUCUCUUUUCUGACCUGAAACCAACUAAUGUUGCAGCUCUCGUUAGUUGCUGAUCUCUAAACAACGUUAAAAAGCCCUCAGCAUGCAUAAUUAAAGGUCCAUUUCAAUAUUCAAGAUUGCUUGAUACACAUUUGUUGAAGAACAGCUCAAACAUUUGUUGGUCAGCAAAGUGGCCUUAGGCAGCCUUGAGACAAGAUUGCUCACUCUGCUGUUUGUUUUAGGACAAAUUUGAUAACCUGACUGGUGAGAAUCUAAAAGGAAAGGUGGUUGUCAAGGUAACGACACCAUCAGAAGGCAUUGACGAGAUCCCUGCUCUUAAUGGAAAUGUGUACUCCUUGGAAGUACCCCUGGUCAAGGGCGUGGCCACAGUACAGAACCUCCUUAUUCAAGAGAACACUGCAGGCAAAGACGGACAGGAAUACCUGCUGAACUUUCACACUCAGAUUCCUCCUAAUUCUUCGCCUCAUCCUAUUCCCGUGUUUACAUUGGCAUUCUUGUUUUACAAUGGCAAGUACUCUUCAGUUUCAUGUAGUGCUGACUUUCUUCUUCAUGAUUAAGGGCCUGUUUACAUUGAGGCGGGGGACCCCAGGUAGGUGAGGUAACCUGCUUAGGUGGGGUAACCCGCCUGUCCAUAUAAUCUCUCAUUUUAAUUUGAUCACGUUUACAUGAUAAGUGGGGUGACCCGCCGCAUGUUACCUCACCUAUCUGGGAUCUCCCACCUCCAUGUAAACAGGCCUUAACUUAAAGGAUAUCCGAUAAUGUGCUUGUUCGUUGUGUGACUUUUUUUGUUUUAAAAUAGCAAAUACACUGCGGUUUUCUGUGGUGCUAAUUUUCCCAUCCCUUAUAAAUAUUAACAUAAAAUAACAAGUGCCCGUUCUUUCUGCGCAGGCUUGUCACUAAGAUUUCAAGUUACCGGGUAAAUACAACAAGUAGGCGGGAAAUCAAACAGCUAGGGAUUUCGUUUGGUUCUAUUUUUCUUCUCUUUUCCAAUGAAAGUAGCUGGGGGCCACAUUCAUAGCAGCUGGGGGAAAUCCCCGGCCCCUGGCUCUUAGUGGCAGCCCAGCUGCGACCUGGUUUUGUUUACAGUGGCAGGUACACUUCGGUUUCCUGUAAAAAAAAAAAAAAACUAUUAAAUUCCUAUUUCCCUCUUCUUGAUUAACUUUAAAAAAAACUUCUUUUUUUUUGUUCAACCUUUUGUUUUAGAAUGGCAAGUACACUUCGGUUCUUAUAAAGAAGUGUCUAAUUUCCACUCAUUGAUUAACGUAUCUGCUUAUUCGUCGUUUGACCUCUCUAAAUCACUUCCUUUUACUUGCUUUCCACCUUGUUAGGUAUUUUGUUAACUAACACAACAUAUUUCAUAAACAGUACUAUACUUUUUUGCUUUUAGAUGUGAGGAAACAGCAACAGAUGGCUCAGCUGACAAAAGAAAGAGAUCACUUAUUUGAGACGAUACGCACCUACCGGCUUCUUUUUGAAACUACGCGACAACUCAUUAACGAGAUGCAAGGUUGGUGGCUUAUUUUUGGUUCUUUGCAGUCGACCACAUCAACAUUCGCCCACAGAGGGAGUGAGACGCAAUAAUUUUGUCUUAUCCUUAAAGUCUCGAGAGUAACUAACAUCAAUUUUCUCCUAACAAUAUCCAUGCAUAAUCAAAAGAAAAGGUUAUGAGAAAUAAUAAAAUGAUCAUCAAAAUGAAAAUGCUUUGAUUUUUAUCAAAUUCUCUCAACUAAUGCUGUAAGGAAAUAUAUGGAGAUCUGUAGAGAGAAUUCUUAUGUGGAUAUUGGGACUUAAAAGAUUACUCAUUAAGUCAAUGUUCCUCCAUAAAAAGAUUCAAAAGCUGACGCAUUAAGUGCUAGCCCGUCAUCAGAGCGAAUUGAAACUUGAUAACACCAGCAUUUUUAAAGAUUUGAACAACCAAUUUUAUAAUUGAACCAUAACCUUUAUUUUUGUACAUUACAGUGUCAGUGCAUGAAGCUUCUUUACAAGAACAGAAGCUGAGAGGAGAACUCAGAAAACAAAACAUCCCUGCAAGCAGCUUAGCAUCGGUAAGGAGUAAUCCUGGUACAGGAUCGAGCCACCCUAAGGGAGUAGUUAGAGUACCAAGCUCAAGUCCAGAGGUCGCUGGUUUCGGUUUAACCAGAGGUCCCCUCUUUUCCACAGAGGCCUAGCGGAGAGUAGAACACAGGGGAGAAAACGUACGUGGUGUAUGCUGGGAAGCGGAAGAGAGGAAGCGAGGUUUCCGCCAUUUUUCUUUCCUUCGUUCCCACGACAGCACUUUCGAGUUAUAAAAGAAGUUAUGUUCUUGUCGUCGGAGCUUCUGUUAGGGAAAUAUGAGGUGCAUAUGUAGCCACACGGCACUGGCUGGUUUUGAUUAAAGUUGGAUCUGAGUUCAACUCCUUGGCCAUGCCUGUUGGUGCCUCUGAAGCUUUUACGUUUACUUUCGUUUUCUUAUUUAGACGAAGUGCUAGAAAGUUGUGGAUGAUGCCUCAUUUUGUUACCGUGCAUACGUCACACGUUUUGCAUAUUACCGGAAGGUCUCAUUUUGUAAAAAUCAAUUCGCACCAUAGAUUAGUAUUGUUAAAUAUCCGUUUCAUUUGAAUGGUCACAUCAUAGCUCUGGGAGUGAAAGAGUCAAUCACUAGAGAGCUUUAGAUUUGAGGAGGAGAACGAGUAUGAGUAUGAGAUUUAACAUAAAGUUUCAGAAUCCAAGCCCUCUACUGCUUGUUUGUUUGUUCUUAGCCAUCAGCUGUGACUACAUUGAUAGAUGAAAUGUCAAAAAGAGAUCAGAUCGCUAUUACUCCUCGCCGACAGUGUCUACUUCACCCUGGACCCCGUGGAGACUCUGGUAUUCUGGGAAAGGUUUGUUCAGUUUACUUUUCGAUGAGUUCACACUAUGCUUUAGUCUGACAAUUUUUUUUUUCCUUUUUCUAAAGCCAUAGCAAAGAGUGAUUUAUAAUAACCGUUAUGCAUGUUUACGUCAGACGAGUAUAUUUCACCACCCAGCCUCGUUUUGAAGUUGAAAAGUUGCCAAGUUGUGCAUAAAUGAAUUCCCAGGGCAGAAAAGUUGAAAAGAAUAUUCACGCCCAAAGGGUGCAAAUGCAAACAGUUUUGUUUACAAACGAGGUUUGGUGAAAUUUGCUCGACUGACGUAAUUAUGCAACUUCAAAUCUUAGUGACAGCCCUGACCUCGGUAAUGAAGACACUUGGCUCUACCUCGUCGGUAUACUUUUGUUGCGUGUUAGCGCUAACGCUGUUCUCUGUUCCCCCUGCAGGUAGCUCAUUUAGCUCAAGUGGUAGAUGACGACGUUGCGCGAGUACUGUCGUGGCACAUGGCAUCCGAUAUGGACUGUGUCGUUACUCUCACGACAGAAAAGGUUCGUCCUUAGACUUUCAAAAAAGUCCUUUUUCCGAUUUAAUAUGGCGCGGGACGAAGUUCGACCUCUCGCGACUUCGUCGUACGCUUGGUCGCUUGCUAAGACACUCGUGCUGUCGACUUCUAGCAAGUCUACUUCGUUCCCUAAACCUCGUGUUUUGCCUGCUGUGCUUUUCGCUCAUCAUAAACUCUCUCCCCUUUUGGGUAGCUAGUAUGUACGUAAGUUAUGCUGUUCCGCUCUAUCCUAUUCUACUGGACCUGUCGUUUUGUGCUCUGUAGGGUGUAUUUUUAUUGCUGACAAGCGUUUGCGAGGUAGCAAUACUAUUGUUUGUGUAGCGAAAAAAUUCAAUUUUGUAGUAUUCUUUGUGUAGCGGCAAAUUCAAUUUGUGUCGAAUGUAAGAUCACCCGCAAACACACUUGGUCAUGACUAUCUUAGAGGUCUUCUUAUAUGACGUAGUAUAUCCGCACAGCGCUCGAUUGAAUGUUCAAGUUCCUGACAAACGGACAAUCUUGCCUGUUUAAACUGUCGAAUUCUUUUUCUUUUCCUCCGGUAUUAAUAAAAUCAAUCGAGUUAAAGGCUUCCGUGUUACCUCAGGAAUGAACCGUAACUUAAGUAUUUGCCUUACUGGUCGAAAGCACACUGAUUUCAUGAGCGAAUGUUUUACAUCAACGGGCAAAGUCAACGACUAAUAUUUUGGCACAAAACUGUAAAUUCCUCUGCUGCUUAUUUCCUGGUAAUAAUUAUUACUGUCUCACUUCCAUGACCUCCACACAAGUCCUUUUGUAGCUCUCUAAAAUAACCAGUAACAUUUAACUAGUUUUUUGUCACUUUUUGAAUAACACGGGUGACUGUUUAUUUUCAGGCAAAACAAGUGUAUCGCGACUCUAAUGGCCAGCAACAAGUGCUACCCUUGGAUUCUAUCUUCAGACGUAGUUUACCAGAAUGGAAUAGGUACAGACCAAAUUAACCCAGUUAUUAUAGACGCUGUGUCUCUCAGGAGUUUUCAAACCCAAACCUGCUUAACAAUUUUACACCAUAAAUCCUCCAUUAAGACCCCCCUCUCAAAUGAGCCCCCUCUCACUAAUAGGCCUCUCCUUUUCAGAGAAAGAAAGUUAAUAAGCCCCCUUCUCUUUAAGCCUCCAUCCCCCCCCUCCGCUUAUUAUUCUUCAUUAUUUUAAUGAUAGACUGUAUUAAUCAGUCACGACAGUAAAACAUCGUGUGGACUGAUCCAGGACGGUUUAUUUACCAACUAGAAGUUCGGAAUUGUUAUUGAUUUUCGGCUGCAUGACUCCAACGUCUUGUACUGGAACUUUUCCUCUUUAUAUUCUAGUUCUUUAUGGUGAACUGAUACCAUCGUUUCUUCUAAAUUAGAUAACCCCCCCUCUCUCUAACCCCUCCCCCACCUCAAAUGGGCUUGAAAUAAAUAAGCCCCCAAGGGGCUUUAAUUGAGGAUUUACGGUAAGUUGGUUUUUUAACCCAAAGAAAAUUCAGGGAGUGCUCAGGUAGUGCCGAUCAAGUUUAUAAAAUUUCCUGUCAGGUUUUAUGAGUUACUCUACUAUAUUAAAAUGUACUAUACUAUUAUCUGCAGGUUUAACCUGGCUUACACUCUCAUUCAUUCGCGUAGUCAGUUGUGAUGUCAUAUAAUGGUGAUCUAUCUUUUGAAUCUGUAGGCGAAUUCAUAUAGAACCCUCUAUUUCGGUAGGACCCUAUGCGUGAUUUUUCUUUCCUGAAUUUGUGAAAAUUAGACUAUUAACCCCCAGUGCAUUAGAAAAAGUUAGCAAUGCUUGCAGACAUGUCAGCAGUGGCCUGUGAAUAUGCUAGUGAGCACGCUCAAGAAUUUUCCAGUGGCCUCAGAGUUUUAAGCCUGUAGCGUAGCUUAGCAAUGAGUAGCCAUUAAUACUGACUGUUAAUUUUAGAGCUCUUCCACAUAUACGAGGUCAGGGCAGUUACAAUCCGUCUGGUAACCCUGUGUACGCAAGAGAUAUGUUGAUGUUUCCAACAGAGGCGGAAAAUUGCAAGCUAGGUAAUACGAAUGUGUAUGCAAGAGUACUUAUUGUAGGGCCUGUGCGACAAUAGACCAUUAGAUAAUCAUUAGCCUGCUCUAUGUUCUCUAGUUUAAAAACAACUGUUGGGCCAACGCUCGAGAGGCGCCGGCGGAAUCUCAUGCGCGAGUGGCAAGCAGAUUGGCUCAUUCGAUAAGUUCUUGAAUGGAGAACUUCUCUAAGGCCAAGGUAAUUUGCUUGAAAGAAGACAGUGCUAAGGGGCGUUGAAUAGAAAUGAAUUUUCUGUUUAGGAAGGUGAACGUUUCGCUUACCCGUUGUCAAAGAGAUACCCAUUGGUGGAGGUCCGUGAUUAGUUGCAACAAGCUAGCGUAAACGGCAAGAAUCAGUUACAUGCUCCCCCCUCCCCCAAAUUAGCCGGACGACAGUUUCUCCAAACAGGCAGCUAAACAUUUGCUAGUAUAGGGUACAAAUACGUUAAACCCGGGAAACAGUCCCCCUUAAUGCACAACAUCCACUUCCCCUUUGUUGACAGUUCCAGUGAUUCCACGCUCAGAGGUAGAAAUAACUUUGUCAAGAUACAUUGUUAUGGGUUUAGGUUACCACUCCUAUGUUCCGUGAACAUCUAUCAAUGCUUGUUGGGUAUCAGAGGUCUUUUUUUUCCCUCGUGUGCGGCGGGGUGCUUCGAUGUCGGUAACAGACCCAAGCCGCGAGUCACUGUCACCAGAAAUUGCGCAAGAAACGUCUCUGCUGUCCGGGGUAUACAAAGUUCUUCGUGACUUUCAAAAAUUUCCCUCAAACUCAAUAAUAAAUAAAUGUAUCGAGAAAACAAACAAAUUCGCUACCAUGAAUUGCGACACCUAAAUCAAACACUCGAAAGAGUUUUUCAUCUGCAAUCCAAAUAACCUUGACGUCACUAUGCCUCAUAUUUUUCAACUCACUUCUCGUUUUCUGCCCUAGGGGGUACUCCCUAUAAUGGCCUAUACGGAGAGACUCCGCCCGAAAGGGGUACCUUUUUCAGACUUCAGGUAUAUGGAAGGGUUGGGAUUUUACCAGUUGAAUUAUAUGAAAGUGGUGGGAAAUCUGUCAUUUGGGCCUGUGAAUGGGCUCAAAGGGCUGAGCAGAUGAAUUUCAGUGUUAUGGCUUUAUAAAGUCGGGAAAACGUUCUAUUUUUGUGAUUGAUUCCUACUUAAAGGACAAUGCAUUUGCAGCAGUUAAAAAGGGGUACCUUUUUCGUGAAAAAUGGUAUAUAAAAGGGUAAGGGGUUGGACCUCGGGGCGUAGCCUCCCCGUAUAAAAAUUUGUUGAGUACGCUCCCGGGAUUUUCUGCAUGUUUUUUGAAACUUUCCUCGGGUUUGAUUCAUUGCUUGUCUCAUUGCAGUGUUCGGUAUGUUACUGGGUGAUACACUGAUCCUAGAUGACCUGGACUGUGCAAAUAAAUACAGACAACAGGUGAGUAUACUUGUUGAUGAUGCAUUUCAAGGUGAUGUUACAUCGGACGAUUCGCAGCAACGAUUUUUAGCGCCAGACAGCGUUGCAACAUUGUUGUGACAUUGAUUCAAAUGGUUGCAACCUUGUUCCAACAUUGCCGGCAAUGCUGUGCCACGGCUGGCUAUUUCAUGUUGUUAAUAUUGCCAAUUAAGCUUCCUUGUGCGCAAUGAAACUAAACGUAAGGGGAAAAAUUUUCUUGUAAACGACAAAAUCACAGCUUCUCGUCAAAUAAAUGUCUCUCAAGCAUUCUAUGAAACGUUAAAUACGAGCAAAAUGAACUUUGGAAACUGUUAGGCUAACAAGUUUUCAAAAGUCGGUAAUUGCAAUCCGUUUUAGUCUUCCUCAGCUGAGUUUGUCCGCCCCUGCCUCUUUUUGUAUUUGCUGUGCCAUUAAUGCUUUGUUUAAAUGUUUUGAGCGGUUACGGUAUUUUUAUGUUUCACUCAAUUUGGUGGCGGUUUCUACUGUUAGAAUUUUGAUACGUAAUUCAUGACUCAGCUCCUUUAACAUCAAUGUACUAGUGACGACGUGACAUUUUUACAUUUAGCCUGUGUAGCUGGCGGGAUUGUUAUGCCCUAUUCAAAACGGGAGAGGCUCGGAGAGGGUUGAAUCCACACCAGGCUCCAGGCUACCGUCCAGUGGAUAACUCAAUUGGUUUCCCUUAUACCUAUUCGCUAGACAGAGAUUUAUUUAUCCAGUAGAUAGCGCUGUCCAACGUUUGAACGACGAUGGGGCGGGUUUUUCGAGCCUUUAAGCUAAUUGCAAAAUUACAGACAUAGCUGUGGCUUUGAGAUAAAGCCACUAACAGACGACUGCAAUGCAAUAAAGAAAACUAUUGAUUUACGCCUGACUAUAGUGAACUUAACCAAGGACGUUUUAGAGCGACACGCACCAACCAGAAGUGGCUGUUUUGCAUCAUUGGUCAGCAGUUUUUUCCCAAAUUAAAUUUCUGGCAAUUCGUCUCAGUAAGAGUAAAGAUACCGUAUUUAUUCGAUUAACCUGCCCUGGGCGCUUAUUAAAUUUUCACCAUUUUCAGCAAGUCAAGUAUGUUUAUUUUGCAACAAACAAUAAAUGGUAAUAACAAAACGCGAAGAUGUAACAAAGUAAGGUCUCUGUAAAAUGCUCUGAAGAAAACUUCGUCUUCGGGGAAGUCUCUUAUUAGUACUUAUUCAAUUUCAAUUUCAAUCUCAUUGUCACUCAAGUCAAUAAGUGAAAUCUCUGGUGCUGCCUCCUCGAUGUCCGACAUCGGGGAGUGGGGUGGGGUUGGGCGCUUAUUCGAGGUGGGCGCUAAUUUGAGGUUGGGCGCUUAUUCGAAUAAAUACGUACUUAACAAGGCACAUUUGUUAGCGUCAAGGUAAUGAGAAAAGGCUUCACUUCCGGUUGACGUGUUACGUCCAGAAAUGUCUUUGCUUAACCUCCCUUGUGUAUUGUUAUGAUGUAGGUUGUAAAGCACACUCAUUGUCCUACGAUUCUUACAAGAGGAGGAGAUCGCAUCAGAAGUAACGGUAAGUUAUUUAGCCCAUUAACCUUUAAGUGACUAGUGUUUAAGAUUUCUCCUUAUUCUUACACUGUUCAGUCAAACAUAAAUAUCGAUAACAUGCUGAGCUGGCAGGUCGCGCAAUAUCACGUGAUCAUGGAAUGACGCAAUGGUGAGGUAGAAUUUCUCCUUAUUCUUACACUGUUCAGUCAAACAUAAAUACCGUGAGAAAAAGCACAUGAUCAGCAAAGUGAAAAAGGUCUUGAUUACGCAGGAUAUGCGUGGAGAACGUUGUGGAGAAUGUUUGUAUUAAUUUUAGGGUUUAAAGGGUCGCACCAAUCCCCGUGAUACUGUUUCUUCUAGUGAGAAUUUUAAUCUCGAUUGUUUUGCUCUCUUGCAAAGGUAAAUUCGGCGGACUGCAGAACAAAGCUCCUCCUCUUGAGAGAAUGCGCGGCGCAGUGUUCGCUGCGCCUCUUCCGCUGACAUUCCAUUCACUGACAACGCAGAUUGGUGAGUGACAACUAAAGCUCUUCUCAUUUUUCACCGCCAAUGUAUAACUCCAACAUUGCUGCUAAUGUUUUUCUUUAUUCGUUAUGUUGUCAGAACAACUACAAGCUUUUAAACAAGCCGUUAUCAAACACACACAAGCCAAGGAAGAACUUUCGGUAAGCUUAAAGAAGCGCAUCGCAUUGGUUUUUUUUUUCCUUUCGUACACAAAUCCACCCUGCUGUCAGUCUUCUUUUCUUGAGAGCGGAUGAGAAGGGGAAGUUCUGCGUGAAUCGCGUCGAGUCUUGUUUUAACCCUUUAAGUCCCAAAAGUGACCAACGUCAUUUUUCUCCUAACAAUAUCCGUAUAUUGUCAUAAGAUGAGGUUAUGAGAAUUAAUAAAAUGAUUGCCAAAGAAAAAUGCCUUGAUCAUUUAUUGAAUUCUCUCAACUUACUCUUAAAGGAAAUGUAUGGAGAUCACUUUGGAGAAUUUGUAUGUGUAUAUUAAUUGGGGCUUAGAGGGUUAAGGCCGCUUUCCUUCUUAUCGUAUAAGUGAGCGCGACCCCAUAACUUAAAGAUUUGAAUCCGCUUUCACUACUUUUCUGUUCAGCUCGCCAGUUUAUUUUCAAAACAAAUCGUUGGUAACGGUUAGCUGAUUUACGAAUUUGAUCUUGGAGCAUUUGAAGGGAACACUUUCUCUAUCUCCUUUCUCUAACAGCUGCAGCUACAGCACGGACAAACGGAGGAGAUGAAAAUUAAACACCGGGAAUGCAGAGAGGCUGAAACCCAGUUACGCAUGAUUGAGGAGCGUUUGGGCAUGACUCCGACCCAGUACAAUAUGCCUCCCAGUCCGGCCACUAUGCUGCUGACAGAAAUCAACACUCCACCUACAAGAACAGCUACCUCGCGUCGCUCCAGCGCACGAGCUGCGGCUGCGGCUACCGCUUCUCCGACCUUAUCGACUCCGGUCGUAAAUGGUUCGAGCAACGCAUCGGGAAACACAACUUCUCCGCGAACGAGGCGAGGUGCUGCGAUCUCCCCUGAAGAUGUAAGAACCAGUAAACGAACGCGCCGAUGA